CAUCAUCUCUAGAUAUGGCCCAACUUUUGCGAGAGAAAUUUUUCGUAUCACAAAACCUGCGCUGCAGCUGUAUUUCACCGCAUGAUUCACGUUUAUUUGCUGACGAUCUUGACGUUAGUAAAGCUUACACUGAAGCUUUACGGAAAGCUGGCUGCCUGACCAACGAACAAUGUUCUUCCAUUUUAGCAGGUCUUGAAUUGGUACGUUAUGACUGGAUAGAAGGCUUGUUGAAGUUUUCUCCUACCGAUAAAGAUGUUCAUACAAUAAACAAAAGGCGCUUAACGGAAAUCAUAGGCGAAGUGGGACAAUAUUUAAAUAGCGGAUGUAGUCGUAACGAACAAGUUUUAACUGAUAUGAAAUUAUGGUUACGUAAAGCUAUAAACGAAUUGCUGGUACGCGUACAACGCUGCAUUGAAGCGAUUUUGGAAAAAGCCGAGCAUCACUUGGGUGUUUUAAUGCCGGCUUCUAUCGACUUACAAAGAGUUCAGGCUGUUCAAUUUUCUCAUUGGCUGCUAUCUUAUGCCUGGAUUUUGCGUGAAGAUUAUUUACGUCUAAAAGAGCAAGAAAAGUUGUUACUUGUUUCACCAUUAGGUAGUGGGACUGUGGCUGGAAAUCCUUUCCACAUUGAUCGUGUGUGGCUAGCGAAACGUUUAGGUUUUACAUCAGUAACAACGAAUAGUUUACACGCUGUGGCAGACAGCGAUUUUAUGGUGAACUUCAUUUACUGCAGUUCCAUGCUGAGUUUACAUCUUUCCGGUUUAGCAGAGGAAUUCAUUAUAUACACUACUAAAGAGUUUGAUUUCCUCACAUUGUCCGAACCGUCCGCAAAAAGCAAUAGACUGGAGAGUGAUUCAAGUAGUAUGGAACUGGUGCGUGGUGCUUCGGUACAAAUUUGUGCUUGUCUGACGGGUAUAAUGAUGACUACAAAGAAUUUGCGUACUUCUUGUCAUAAAGAUUGGCAGUAUGAUAAGCGAUAUUGCUUUGAAACUUUUGACGCGCUGCAGGGAGCUUUAAAAAUAACCGCAAGUGCUUUAAUGGGUUUGAAGAUAAACCCGCCGCAAAUGGAAGCUAAGUUAUGCCCUGAGAUGCUAGCUGCAGAUUGGGUUUACUAUUUGGCAAAAAAAGGAAUACCUCCAUCUCAAGGUCAACAGUAUAUAGAAAAUGUGAUAGCUUUUGCUAAACGAGAGUCUUCGGACAUUACUGGAAUUCCUUUGGAGGAAUUGCAAAAUAUAUGUCCUUACAUUGACAGGGAUAUAGCAAACGUGGCGGAUUUCAGAGACAUAGUUGAGCAAUAUGACGUUACAGGAGGUACUGCGUCUACAAGCGUGCAAAAACAAAUCAAUUUGUUAAAGGAAUUCGUAACUAAUCUCAAGAAAGACUAAUGAUUUUUUUGGCGAU